UCGGACUCUAUCUUCAUGCUAAAUUUUAUGAUAAUUAAAAGCCUUAGUAAUAGUAUUUAUGUUUAUUACUGGUAAUUACUAUAUUGUAAGCUCCUUUGAUUUUAACGGAUCGCAAAAUGUAGCUCUAAUUGCUUACUAUUGCUAUGCAAUGUCUGCGAUCCAAUGUCGUUAGGAUAAUGCAGUGUGCCAAGUUUGUGUUUAUAAUUCAUACAAGGCAGUAAUUUAUGAUGUAGUGCAAUUUAAUUGUAUUUAAUGGUGAAAGUUAGUUUUCAGAAUGCCCGAAAGUGUUGAAGACAAAAAGAAAGUGUCUAAUAUUGAAGCUGAGCUUUACUUAUUGAUUGCUAAAUUCUUGAGCAUUGGUCCUUGUACUCGAGCUGCUCAGGUACUGAGGGAAGAAAUCGAGGAACAUGAUCUUUUGCCGAAACGUGUUGAUUGGCUUGGAAAUGAGCACAGCAGGAGCUUUAAUGAGUUGAAUUCACAGCUUCCACAAAUUGCCGAUGAUCAUUUACUGAAAAUAUGCACCAGAAUUGGACCUAUCUUAGACCAAGAAAUUCCAACCAAUGUUCCUGGUUUGACUUCUUUGUUAGGAGUUGGAAGACAAUCCCUUUUGAGAACCAAAGAAGAGUUGAACAAACCAAAAUGUCAGAUUACAAACCUUAUGGCAAGAAAAAAUGGCAUGCCAUUAUUUCCACCUCCAACAUCUCAUUCUUCUUAUCCACCAAAUAUUUCUCAGGUUCUAAUUUCUCGAGAGUUAAGCGGAGGCAUUUCCUGUCGACAUGCAUUCUCGCCAAAGAUAUAUGCAAGACAGCAAAUGUAUAGACGUCUAUUAGGCCAUUUAUCAUCAGUGUACUGUGUACUUUUUGAUAGAACAGGAAAAUAUAUUUUUACUGGUGCUGAUGAUCUCCUUGUAAAAAUAUGGUCUGCAACUGAUGGAAGAUUAUUAGCUGCGCUUCGUGGUCACUCUGCAGAAAUCACCGAUAUGGCUGUAAACUAUGAGAACACUCUUCUGGCAGCAGGUAGCUGUGACAAAACUAUUCGUGUUUGGUGUCUACGAACCACGGCUCCUGUGGCAGUACUUAAUGGUCAUACAGCAAUGGUCACAUCGUUGCAGUUUUGUCCUUAUCCAAAAAACAAAGAGCAACUUUUGAUAUCUACUGGUAAUGAUGGAUGUAUUUGUUUUUGGCAGUGGAGCUCUAGUAACAAUGCAUUUAAUCCUAAACCAUUGAAAUUCACUGAAAGGAACAAGCCUGGAGCACAAAUGAUUUGCUCAACAUUCAGCCCAGGUGGUUUGUUUUUGGCUACGGGUAGCACUGAUCAUUUUGUUCGUGUUUAUAACAUUGCGGGAAUAAAUGGUCCUGAAAAGAUUUUGGAACAAGAAGCACACACCGAUCGUGUUGAUAGUUUGCAGUUCAGUAAUUUAAGAUGCCGUUUUAUCAGUGGGAGCAAAGAUGGCACUGCUCUAAUAUGGAAAUAUGAAAAACAAAAUUGGAGUAGCAUCCAACUAAAAAUGUCAGCAAAACUGCCUGGACAAACUGAAGAACCUGAAGAUUCAAAGUUGAAGUUGCGAGUCACGAUGGUAGGGUGGACGUUAGAUGAUAGUAAAGUUAUCACUGCUGUGAGCGAUCAUUCAAUUAAAGUAUGGAAUUCAAACACAGGAGGAUUAUGUUAUAUUUUAAGGGGGCAUGAAGAUGAAGUAUUUGUGCUGGAAUCACAUCCCAUUGAUCCAAGAGUUUUUCUUAGCAGUGGUCAUGAUGGAAGGAUAAUUAUUUGGGACCUACUUACUGGCACUAUUAUAAAGAAUCAUUUUAACUUGAUUGAAGGUCAAGGACAUGGAGCUGUAUUUGAUUGCAAAUUUUCUCCAGACGGACUUAUGUUUGCAUCUACGGAUUCACAUGGGCAUUUGAGCAUGUUUGGAUUUGGUUCGAAUGAUAAAUAUAAAAAGGUUCCAGAAGAACAGUUUUUUCACACUGACUAUCGACCACUAAUUCGGGAUAUUCAUCAUCAUGUGCUAGAUGAGCAAACUCAAACUGCACCACAUUUGUUACCUCCUCCGUUUUUGGUUGAUAUUGAUGGCAACCCUUAUCCUCCUCACGUUCAACGUCUAGUCCCUGGUCGAGAAUAUUGCAAUGAUUCUCAACUUAUCCCAUAUGUUGCUGUAUCUGCAGAGGGAGAAGCUGAAAUAUUAGAGCCAGUUCGAUCUGCAAAUGAUGGUCCUGGUGAUCGACCUACAAUUGAUGACAUGAUCCAAAGGCUACAGCAAGAACAAAGUUUGAAUCAAGGUCAUGUGGACUCAAGUAAUUCUAGUAGCUCCAGAUCAUCUCCUAGUAGCUCUCUUCGAUCUCCACAUUCUUCUCGAAGAGUGCCUGCUGAAAAUGGUGAAAGAAGUACUGCUGAACCAUUUUCUCCUCGCACACCUCGAUCUCAAGCAGGUCAUAGCCGUGUUGGUUUGCGUCGAACAGGAGAUGUUGAAGGAGUGCAGUCUGUUGGCAACUGGCAAUCUCGUGGCAAUCAGGGAGAUGUACCAGCGUGGGUUAAACGUGUUGUUGUAAGACCUAUGAGCUCUUCACUCUCUAAGUCUCACUUACUUCGAAGGACAGAUUUGGCUGAUUAUGAACUACAUUUUUACAACAAAGAAAAGAAAACAAGGUCGCAGCUUAAUUCCAGAGAAGAAUACAAAAAAAUGGAAGUAAAAGAUUUUAUAAGGCGGAAAGGUUUAAGGGCUGGAUUGAGAUCUAGGACAGAAGAUGAAGCUGCAAGUUCAAUAAAUGAAGAAGAUGAUGAAAAUCCAGAUCCAGACCAAAUGCACUGUUCAUCAGAUUCUGAAUCGGAACAUUCAGAUACGGAAGACAGUAAUUCUGGAGAAUACUCAGAUUGGAUCGAAGAUGUUGGACUUAACAUUAAGUCGAACGUAAAAGGUAAAGUAGAAGCAAGGCCAACUAUUUCAGGAACUUCAACGCGGCCAGGAAAACCUCGCAAACCAGCAACUUCAUCGGGUGAUGAGAGUGAUGAAGAAGCAGAAAAAGAAAAUGAUGAAGAGGAUGAACCUAGUUCUUCCAUGAAUAGAUCAUCAUCUUUCAAUGGGACAAGGAGAAGUAGAAAUAAGAGAUCUGCACCAUCUCGAAUUAAACCAGCAGUUAAUGGCAAAAAGUUACCCGAAAGGUUCCGUCCUCCUGAAUGGUUGACAGAUGUUAUGCCACAUAAAGUACCAUUUGUACCUCAAGUUGGCGAUGAAGUUGUUUACUUUAGACAAGGUCAUGAAUUAUAUGUUCAAGCUGUGAAGAGGAAUAGAAUUUAUGACAUUUAUACCAGAAGCCAGCCUUGGAGAAAAAUCAACUUGCGGGAUCAAGAAGUGGCUGUGAUUGAAGAUAUAUGUUUUGAAAAUCAUCCUCCUCAUUUAUGCUGCUUGAAGUUACGACUGCUAAAUCCUGCAAAUAAGCAUGAUGAUAGAUUUUCAGUGAAAUAUCAUGAUAUGCCUGAUGUUAUUGAUUUCAUUGUGUUGAAGCAGUACUAUGAUCAAGCAAUGCACUAUGAUUGGAAGCCAGGUGAUCGCUUCAGGUCAGCCAUUGACAAAGCUUGGUGGCUUGGAACAAUUCUGUCUCAGAAACCCUUGAAUCCAAAUUUUCCAGAUUCUAUGUUUCAAUGUUUUUUUGUUAAAUGGGACAAUGGUGAAAAAGAACACAUGAGUCCAUGGGAUUUUGAACCUAUUGAUAAUGAACGAUUGCCCGAGGAAGAAGGUGGAAGUGUUGAUAUCACUGCUGAAGAACAUUUGUUAAUGAUGUACUUUCCUGAGCCUCAUGAAUGGUCUUCUUUUGGUCAAAAUCAUGAUUGUGAUAGAUUAACUCGUGGUUUGAAUAGGAUAAUGGAGUUAUCCAUUACAGAACCAUUUGUUCAUCCCGUCGAUUUGAAUCAGUAUCCCAGCUAUGCAAUAGUGGUGGAGUAUCCCAUGGAUUUAGGGACAAUUAAAGCUCGUUUAGAAAACAGAUUUUAUAGGAGGCUGGAUGCUGUUAAAUUUGAUAUUCGUUUUAUAUUAAUCAAUGCAAAAAAGUUCAAUGAACCUUCUAGUCGUAUUGUGAAGCAAGCAAAGUGUGUUGUGCAUCUAUGCUUAAGAUUUGUUGAAAAUUCAUUGUGUUCUGAUCCAAUGACUUUAUACCAUGAAAUGAUGGAAGCCAAGCAAUCAAGAUCUCAAGAUUCUCAAAGUGAAUUGGAUGUUUUGUGCAGUGAAUCUGACAGUGAAAGAGAGCACACAACUAUGAAUCGCAUGAAAAGAAAAAAACAAAGUGCUCAUCAUCAAUCAGGCAAACGAGUUCGUUUGGGAAGCCAAAAAUAUACCUCACAAAGUUGGAAACAGCAAUGUUCAAGCUUAUUGGAAAGGAUUAUUCUUUGUGAUGACUCUACACCAUUCAGAAAUCCUGUCAGUCUAAAUGAAUACCCUGAUUAUAGAAAUAUUAUUGACUGCCCUAUGGAUUUAUCUACUGUUAGAGACAAGCUGAGUACCAAUCGUUACAAUAGUCCAACUGAUUUCUGUAAAGACAUGAGGCUUAUUUUUCAAAAUUCUCGUAACUACAAUACAAAUAAAAAGUCCAGGAUUUAUUCAAUGACUAUCCGAUUAUCUGCCAUGUUUGAAGAGCACAUAAGAGGCAUUGUUAGUGACUGGAGGUCUGCUGUUAAAUAUGAAGAUAAAAUAAGGAACAAUCAAUAUGUUAGUAACAGGCGAAAACCACUCAUACUGGAUGCAGAUGUAAAUGUGGGAGCUUCAACUUCACAACUUUCAUCUUCAUCCUUAAUUAGGAGAGUAAUCUCACGCCAGAAAGUGAAUCAUGCUUCAAGUACAACAUUCCAUAAACCAAGUAGCUCAAAAACUGUCCUCAACAACAAAUUUAAUUCUCAAGGUUCUCCACAAAAAAGGAAGCUAAUAGAGUCUCAGUCAUCUAAAAAUUCAGCUGUUCGUGUUAAAAAGAAAUACCUGAGAAACUCAUUAGGUUCAACUGUUACAAAUGGUACUGUGCAAAAGAACAUUAUCAAAGCCACUAAAAACAAAAUAAAGGAAAAAGCCUCAAAGAAAUGUAAUGGUACACUAAGAAAGAAAGAAUCUCCCGUUACUGAGGAAUCUCAGUCUGAUAGCAAUGCAAGCAAUCCUUCCAAUGCAUCUGAAAGGAGCAGUGCAAGUGAUGGCUCUGAAUGGGGAAGCAAGGUAAAGAGAAGACGUACAGAAUCAAGUACACCAAAGAGGUUGCGUCCAAGAGUAAUUGCAAAAUACAAACCCCAAAGGUUUACACGUUCCACUUCUUUAUAUCAUCAAUCUCCCAGGUGUUCUGUUGCACAAUCAAAACCAUCUGCUCUCACAAGGCAUAGAAUUCAUACAACUACACUUAAAAGAAAACGUUGGUUAUCAUUAAAUAAAAGGCCAGUGCAACAUAACUUAUCACCUCUUCAUACUCGAUCAAAAUCCAUCCCAUCUCAAAGAACUCGUAGUAUGUUUUAUGGUCUUCGAAGACAAACAGUCAAACCUCAGAAAUACCAGAGCUCUCCAGAUGAGUCUGAAAGCGAAGCAUCGGAAUCGCAAAGUUCUAAAUGUGGAAGAAACUCUAAUAACUCUAAUACCUCAUCAUCCAAAAUUCAACGACCAGACAGCAGUAGUAAAAGUCAGCAGUCUUCUUCAAACUCUGAACCGGAAGAAAAUUCUGAAGAGGAGAAGAUGCCGAGAUACACCAGAUCCAGCAGAGGUAAACUCAAAGAUGAUUCCAAAUCCGUUCGUAGUGCCUUAUCUGCACCAAAAAGUGAAAUGCCAAAAAGGGGUCGAAUACAGACUCGAAACCGCGGACAAAGAACAGUAAGGUAUGCUGAAGCUAAUGAAAGUGAAGAAGAUGAAGACUCGGAAAAUCCUGAAGACUCUGAAAAUCCUGUGAUAUCUUUCAGCAGCAGAGGCCGAUUACGCUCCCCUGUAAUAAACGAUGAUCUGAGAAAGCUACAUCGAGCAAGAACUAAGAAAAUAAUAUCUGAAAGGCUACAAAAGAAAGAUCAUGCAAAAGUAACAAAGAAACAGUCUUCUGAAGAUGAAGACACUUUGUCAGAUUCCAAUGCCAGCAAUCUGGACAGUACAGCUAAUCGUAGUAAAGUUACUCAUAAAAUGAAAUCUUCUUGUCACAAACAACACUUAGCUAGAAGUCUGCAAAAAGAACUGAGGCAAAAAAAGAUAAAGUAUAUUAUUCCAAGACGAAAGGAAAGAACUUUCCAGAAAACAACUACGAAAUACAAAUGGAACUUAAGAACGGUCAGGAAAAAUUCUCCUGUUUCUUUAUUUUCUAAUUCCAAAACAUUUGGUCGUGAUUCUUCGUCAUCGAGGAAAAAAACCACACAACAUCCAAAUAUUAUACAUGUGAAAAGGAAGUACUCUGAAAAUGAAACCUCUGCUACUCACAGUAGUUUUAAAAGUGAUAAUGAUAGUUCAGAAGUGAUCAGGAGCAAAAUUCUAGAAAGUGGAAACAGCAAUGGUAGCAGUGGUAGCCAAUCAUUUGCUAGAAGCAAAUCGCAAAAUAGUUCUGUUAUUAAGAAGUGGUAUUUGAGAUCAACUCCUGAGGAAAUGUCCGAUGCUGCCAUUUUCAUGGAUACUGGAUCUAAGAGCAAUGAGAAGUUUUAUGAAAUACAAACGCGACAUCGUGGCCAAAGAACAGUCACCUACGAGGAAAACAUUGACGAGAUUUAUUCGAAAGAAAAUUAUGAAGAUGAAAACUCUGGGCUGUUUUGCAACGCUAGUUCAUUAGCCACUAAAAAUAAAACAAAUACGAAGGGUGAUGUAUCAGAAAAUUCCAGCACGGGUACAGAAGGUAGCUCAAGGAAACGCACAAACUUUCGAAAUUACCGUAACAAUGAUUGGUCUUUCACCUCAAGAAGAAAUAUGCGGACCAACUUUAUUGGUUGCAGCAGCGAAAGAACUGAACACCUCAGAGGAAUUCAGACACGAAACCGUGGUCAAAGAACCGUUGUAUAUAGCGAAAGUCAAUCUUUUCUUGGAUUAUUUCCAUAAAUAUUUCAAAAAGUAACAUUGAAUUUUGUGAAGAAAUGAUUCUUGAUCGCUUAUUUUGAUGGUGCCCACUUGGCCAGAUGUAAUUUUUCUGUCAGGAACUUAAAGAACUUAAAGUCAUAACUGUUUUCUUGUUACAGAAUGUCUUUCUAAAUAUUUGAUAUUACGAGUUGUUUUGCUCAGAUCGUAUAAGAAAUUGUCUUGCAUAAGUCUUUCAAAAUCGUUUCUUUGUCCUUACAUAUGUAUGUAUGUAUGUGUAAUAAAUUAGAUUUUAUCAUUGCU